ACACACACAGACACACACACACACACACACACACAGACACACACACACACAGACACACACACACACGUCCUAAAGAUCAUGUGCACAUAUUAGAGUGACCAGUGACCGGUAUGGUGAGAGACACACACAGACACACACAGACACACACAGACACACACAGACACACACAGACACACACACACACACACACACACACACACACACAGACCCUAAAGAUCAUGUGCACAUAUUAGAGUGACCAGUGAGCAGUGACCGGUAUGGUUUGAGACACACACACACACACACACAGACACACAGACACACACACACACACACACACACACGUCCUAAAGAUCAUGUGCACAUAUUAGAGUGAGCAGUGACCGGUAUGGUGAGAGACACACACACACACACACACACACACACACACACACACACACACACACACACACAUCCUAAAGAUCAUGUGCACAUAUUAGAGUGACCGGUGUGGUGAGAGACACACACACACACACACACACACACACACACACACACACGUCCUAAAGAUCAUGUGCACAUAUUAGAGUGAGCAGUGACCGGUAUGGUGAGAGACACACACACACACACACACACACACACACACACACACCCUAAAGAUCAUGUGCACAUAUUAGAGUGACCGGUAUGGUGAGAGACACACACACACACACACACACACACACACCCCCUAAAGAUCAUGUGCACAUAUUAGAGUGACCGGUAUGGUGAGAGACACACACACACACACACACACACACACACACACACACACACCCCCUAAAGAUCAUGUGCACAUAUUAGAGUGUGGUGAGAGACCGGCUGCAGCGUGUGUUCCAUCUGGCCAAUCAGAAGCCUGAGAUUCAAGUGCACUUUACCAGGAGGAGGGGCUUAUGGGAUAGCCCCGCCCUCACGCAGACAUUGGUCAGAUAUGUGAAUGUGUGUGACUGUGUUUACUCCCAGGCUGUGAUGUCAACGGUUGCUUGGCAACCACGCGUCACCAUGACACCUGUUUGUUUCAGAUGUUCCGAGUGGCUCUCAAAGAGUAAGCCGAGGCUAACUGGCAUGGACUAUGCUAAGCUACAUACACACACACACACACACACAUGAACACUUCUCCACCGUCUGGACAAAAGACGCUGUGGACAAUUUGAAGCGUUGGCUCAUGGUGAUGACAUCAGUGAUGACGUCAUAGAGGAGAGACACAGGCGCCAGCCUCGUCGGUAAUGUUCCUCCCUCUGCCCACCUCGUUGAUGGGUGCUCAUGCAAAGCAUGCUGGGAGAGACAGGAAGUGCCUGAGUGCUGUGAACAUGCCACACCCAACCUGAACGUGAAGCCACACCUCUCACGCGCUUCACCGUGGAGCAAAGAGACUGAUUUGGGAUUUAUUUAUCAUCAACUGAAACACUACUUCACUCCUUUCUCUCACUAUUCAUCUCUACCUACCUUUCUAUCUCGGUCUAUCUGUCUCUCUCUGUCUAUCUGUCUCUCUCUCUGUCUGUCUCCCUGCUUCUCUCUCUGUCUCUCUCUCUCUGUCUGUCUCUCCCUCUGUCUGUCUCUCUCUCUCUCUCUCUCUCUCCCUCUGUCUGUUCCUCUCUCCCAUUGGUGGUUUGCCUCCGGUGUGAGAGCUCGAGCUCCCCUUUGUGACGUGUGGUGUUCCAGAACUGCGUUGUUCUUCUGUACGGAAGUACGGCGGCCCCCGUGCUUUCAUAAAAAUCGCCAAAUCACCUCUGUCAAAUGUGUUACGUCUUAGGUCAAAAGGUUACGGUUUACUCACUUUGUAUUUUAAUUUUUUUUUUUUUUCUGUUUUAAAUUUGUAUGUCAAUCUUAACGUGUAAAAUGUGGAUAACGACUGAGUGUAUCCCUGUGUGUUUGUUUUUUUUUGGCACGGUUUCAUCCACUCAACGAAAUUUUUAAGUGUCCUUUUUUUAAUUGCACAUGAGCUUCAGAGAAGCCGCAGCGGAAACGGUUACGAGAGAGAAGAUACGAAUGGGAGAAUAUCCAUAUUUUUGUAUUUAUAUUCUUGCUGAACGAAGUCUUUCUGUCGUCAGUCACGUCAUGACGCUGCUUUUGGACUGCUUGGACGCACUUGUCUCGCUGUCUCCCGCUCUUGUGUGUGUGUGUGUGUGUGUGGAUUUGAAAGCGGUCGUAUGUAGGUGAUGUGUGUAAGAAGCGACAGCGAGACUCUCAGUACUGUCUGUCUCCAUGUGUAGAUUCCAUCUCCACAGCCGCCGGAUUUACACAGAGCGGCCCAAGCUGUCGAGACGGCAACAGGUCGAUUGGCGGCUCAAUAAAAAUGUUAAAUUAUACUGCAUCGUGUUUGUUUCUUUUGUCAGGUUUGAUGUACUGUUGGGUUCAUUUCAUCCGGUUGAUAAGUGGGCUUGAAGCUUUGUUUCCCCCUCGUCCGUAGCCUACUACCGGAUGAUCCUCCUUCCCUCGGGGCAAAUGGAGAGUCCUCUCUGGUUGCCAUGGUACAGCAGCCACCCAGGCGCACGAGCAUCGUACAGUCAGCUGGUAUCUACAUUCAACCAUGACAGUGUCAUCUCCCUGUGUCUAACGCCACCAACGUUAAAAAAAAAAAAAAUGAUUUGCUACCAGACUUGUCUAAGGAAAGUAGGCCUUCGCCACCCUGGUUUCAGUAGCGUAACUGACACUAGUGUUGAUAAAACAGCCUAGAAUUAUGCUCAAUCUGAGGCAAUGUGCUGUAGGCUAUAUAUACACAUGAGGUUUUUAUUUAAAUGUCUCUGCUGAUGCCAAAAGGAUGACUGGUAUGUUGCUCUUAAUGUCAGAUUUAAAACUCGUUGAGUUGAUUCCGUGUGUGGUAUCAGGCGGGGCGCUCUCCGAGGUUCUGAAUGAGCCGCGUCAGAGGAUGGCUCGUGUUUCCUGCUCAGCGCGCCCUUCCCGCCCCCGCGAACGGACGCGCUAUAAAACAUUGAUUGAAUCAACUGAAGUCAGCCUUAGAUGAGUACAAUCCCCCCACAUGUGCGUUUGUGCUGAUCAGCAAGUAGAAGACAUUUAGACUCCCGUCUCGGCGGAACAGUGGGAGAGAGAGAAAGAGAAAGAGCGGGAUAGAAAGUCAACGCUCUCUGAAAGAAGAAGAACUGAACUGGACUGAACUGACUCCCCAGAAACAGCCGCCGCCUCGUUGCGCGUCAUGUCUUAUCCAGAGCGCGAGGAAAAAAUGGAGUACACUUCGGGAGUGGAGGUUGCGGACGAUGCCGAAGUAUUAUACCCGGAGGUGGCGGACGAUGCCGAAGUAUUAUACCCGGACAGCGCGUACGGGUCCUCCGCCGUGGACACCGACGACACCGAGGGCAGCAAGACGCAGUCCACUCUCACGCUCACCUACGACGAAGACCUCGUGCAUAAGACUAUCCUGGUUGGGGACAGUGGAGUGGGGAAGACUUCUCUCCUGGUGCAGUUUGAUCAGGGCAAGUUCAUCCCAGGAUCCUUCUCUGCGACUGUUGGUAUCGGCUUUACAGUGAGUACAGCCACAGUUACUCUGUUUAUAACUUUAAUGAUCAUGCUGUUUAUGCUGCCACUCAUCCUCUUCAUAGCAGAUCAUUUCCAACCAGCCAGCUGGGAGAUUAAAAACAGUGCUGACCUGGGGGAGUGGUUGAGUGCCAUCGGUCUGCCCCAGUACCACAAGAAGCUGUCGGAGAACGGCUACGACUCCAUCACCAUCGUCAGGGACCUCACCUGGGAGGACCUGCAGGAGAUCGGCAUCGACAAACUGGGCCACCAGAAGAAGCUGAUGUUGGCGGUGAAGAAGCUGUGUGACAUCAACAGGUGUCAGCUUCAGGCGGAGCUGGCGGGGGGGGGGACGCUGAGGCGCAAGCACCCCCCCUCUCUGCACCUGCUGGCCAUCGAGCCCUGCGAGGGGGGGGGCGGGGGGGCGGGGCUGGUCUCCGGGGGCGACAUGCUCAGCUUCCAGGACAGCGAGCUGAGCGCCGAGCUGCAGAGCGCCAUGAGCAGGCCUUACGGCGCGGGUCACCACGGCGACGACGCCGCCAUCGUCAUGGCAGCAGCAGCAGCAGCAGCAGCAGCGUCGGCGUCGCUGGGCCUCGGCCGCGCCUCGGGGGGGCUCUCGCACAGCGAGGAGAGUCUGGACGCGAGGUCGCGCGGGUCGGGUCGCUCCGCCGGGGGGGACACAACGCACCCCAGCCGCUCCCGAGAGAGCCUGUCCAGCUCCGAGGCAAGCAGCCCCGGCCGGGAGCGGAACCUUCCGGAAGGCCACAGCGCACACCCACACACCCCCACGCACACACACCCACACACCCCCACGCACACACACCCACACACCCCCACGCACACACACCCACACACCCCCACGCACACACACCCACACACCCCCACGCACACACACCCACACACCCCCACGCACACGUCGUCCGCCAAGGCCGCCCUCUCCAACAAGUACCCCGCGCCGCAGCCGCCCGCCAAGCCCAAAGCCCAGAGCGCCAUCGCCAUGGCGACGGGGAUGCCCGGAGCGGCCCACCGGGGCUUCAGCUACCUGGCGGGGGGGCUGUCGGGCAGCGCCACGCUGGAGAGGGGGGGUCUGUCGCGGGGGGGUCGGUCUCAGAGCCUGACGCGCUACGCGCUGUCGGACGGGGAGCCGGACGACGACGACGACGAGGACUACUCUCCGUCGCCCCCUAGCUGCGCGGUGCCGUCCUACGCCACGCUGAGCCGACGCCCCGGCCGCCACCACGUGUCCCGCCUCCAGUCCGCCCCCGAGGGCUCGGGCCACGCCUCCAACUCCUCCAGCUCCGCCUCCUCGCCGGUGGGGCGCAGCCAAUCGUUUGCCGUCCGCACGCGGCGCAAGGGUCCGCCCCCUCCGCCCCCCAAGCGCCUCAGCUCCGUCAGCAGCAGCGAAACCACGGAGACGGAGGCGUCAUCGCCGUCGCCCGCCACCUCGCCCGAGAGCCUGGGAGGGGUUUCCAUGGAGACAGGGCUCCCCGGGGGGGUGCGUGACGCGGUGGCUAACCUGGAGACGGCCAAAGCCAUCGCCAGCGCAGCGGCCACACACACACAGGACACACACGCACGCACACACACCCCCACACACACACCCACACACACCCCCACACACACACAUCUGCAUCCCUCGCCUGACCCCUCCCAGCCCCCCCGCCGUCGGGCCCUCAGCCAGGGCCAAUCCGGCGCCGCCCCCCCACAGGACGUCAGCCAAUCAGAGCAGCGCGCGGCCAAGUCGGACUCGGAGGAGGAGGAGCUAAACGGGUCGGGGGGGUCGCCCCAGAACAGCUCCAGCGAGUGCAUCCCGUUCGCCGAGGAGGGCAACCUCACCAUCAAGCAGCGCCCCAAAGUGGGGGGGCCCCUACGCCCCGAGAGCACGGAGCCCAAGACCCCCGACCUCCUCCCCGACCCCCCCGACCCCCCCGAGUUCAACCUCAAGGAGUCCGACACCGUCAAGAGGAGGCACAAGCCCAAGGAGACCGUCGCUGCGGAGACCAUCGCCAUGGAGAUGGCGGCGGCAGCGGCGGGCGGCGAGCGGAAGCGGGGGUCGAGUCCGAGGAUGAGCGAGUCGGACGCGACGUCCAGCGACCUGGAGGUGACCUGGAGCGACUCGGAGGCUCCUCACACACACUCGCACACACACUCACAACACAACACACACACACACUCGCUGGCUCCGCCCGGCACGAUGGGAUCGCCAGGGAAACAGCCCCCCCCGCCCGUCAGGCCCAAACCCCCCCGCUCCCCCUCACCACGCCUCCAGAACAGCCCCACUCCCACAGUGGGGAGCCCGACUAUGUUGGUGAACAUGCAGCAGAGUGUGGCCUUCAGCAGUCCAGCCCUAACCCCAGUACCGUCCCCUCCUCCUCCCCCAGCGGGGGUGCCUGUGCUCCAGGCAGCACGGCCAGGAAAGCCCCAGGCUUCAGAGCCAGGCCCAGGCCCGAGGCCCGAGGAGGCCCAGCAGAGGCUGGAGAAGACCAGCACCUCACUGGAGGCCGCACUCAAGGCAGUGGAACAGAAACUCAUACAGGACAACACACACAGUGGCCCGCUGGUGGUGAAGUCCGCCGGGAACAUUCUAGACGACAUCGGCAACAUGUUCGACGACCUGGCCGACCAACUGGACGCCAUGUUGGACUAACACUCCUUGACCUUCACACACACCUCUUCCCUUCCUUCGACGGACCACCCCUACGCACGAGCACACACACACACACACACACAC